AUGAGAAAGUCUCUUGGGCAGACAUUAUUCUCAGUCUUGUUGUUUCUUUGUUUCUAUUUAGGAAUCUUAAAAUUUGUUAACUCAGAAGUUUUAGAUGAAACACUCAAACGAGACAAAACCUUUGAAAAAGAUAAUUCACAAAGAAAAGAUACUCAAAACCUGGAAAAAAUAGGAAAAGAAACUUCCCAGUUAUCACAGUCAGUUCUCAAAGAAGAACUUGAUUCCUUUUCUAAUGAUAUUGAAAUCAAUUGGAAAGGGAGAGUUCUAGUAAUUGGAGACAUACAUGGAGACUUGAAAUCCUUAAUCACAAGUCUAUUUCUUUCUGGAGUUAUUAAUAACAACCUGGAUUGGAUUGCAAAAAAUACUCUUCUUAUUCAACUUGGUGAUGUUGUAGAUAGAGGAUCUCACGCUUUACAGAUAUACAAGCUAUUUAAUAAGCUUAGAUCUCAAGCUCCAUCACUUGGAGGCAAGUUUGUGGGACUUUUGGGAAACCAUGAAAUAAUGAACUUAUGUGGACAAUUACAUUAUGUAACAGAUGAAGACAUUAAAACUUAUGGAGGAAGAACUAACAGGAUUUUUGAAUGGUCUAAGGAGGGAUUUGUGGGUAAAUAUCUCAGAACUAUGAAGCUUGCAAUUCGAGUCAAUGAUUCUCUCUAUGUUCAUGCAGGUUUGCUUCCAAAAUAUGCAAAAUUGGGUUUAGAUAGAUUGAAUAAGCUAUCUGAUGAUCUAUUGGAGGGGGAUUUUUGUGACUUUUACUCCUCCCUCUUUUUCGUAGAGGAUGGACCUCUUUGGACAAGAGAUAUAUCUCUGGGAGAGGAAAGGAAGGCUUGUAAGCUUGUGGAUGAGACACUUCAAAUUUUGGGCCUAAAUAGGAUGGUUGUUGGCCAUACUAUCCAACAUGAUAAUAGGAUUAAUAUAAAGUGUAAUAAUAGACUUGUAUUAGCAGAUACUGGGUUUUCCGAAGCAAUUUAUGGGAAACCAUGUAUACUUGAAAUUUUAUAUAACAGAGAUCAACAUAAUGCAAGCUAUGAAAAGGAGAAUGACUUUGACUUUAAAUCUUUCCAUCCUUAUUCUAUGAACGAACUACAAAUCAAAAGCAAUUAUUCAAAACCUAAUGUUAAAUAUAUUCAGGUUACCAGUCUCUUAUUAAAUGACAGGAGUUCUAUCUCAAACGAAACAUCAAUAAUGGACGAACUUUAA